GGAAAUGACUAUCCUUCGUCUGAUUCGCAGGUGUAACUAGUUCCGUAAAGUGAACCAAUGGGCACAUAGACGGGUCUGGGCAUUACUGUCUGGUUAGACAGCUGUCAAAUCUGUUCCCGCCCCUUCAUAGUGCGUCAUACCAGCUGGUCCCGAGAAUGCGGUGUCAUGGCGACCCUCAUGGAGCGCCUGGCUUUCCUUCAGAAAGUACCCAUUCUAAUGAAAGCCACAGCAGAUGACGAAACACCUUGCCCUGGUUACCUGUUUGAAGAAAUCGGCAAAAUUUCCCAUGACUCAGUGGGGUGGUGCCAGUGCUUGCUGGAGUAUCUGCUGGACCGUCUGCAGGGAGAUUCAUGCCAUGUCAAACUGAAGGUUCUGAAGAUCCUGCUUCACCUGUGCGGUCACGGUUCGCACCACUUCCUGACUGAGCUGCGCCGGAAUGCCACCUUCAUCCAGGAAGUGACAGUGUACAGUGGCCCCCCUGACCCCAUCCACGGUACCACCCUGUAUCAGAAGGUCCGAGCUGCAGCACAGGACCUGGCCUGUCAGCUCUUUACUGAUACAGUGUUACCCCAACCUGCCCUGUCCCCGGUCAGCACUGCUCCCCCUGCCCUGGGAAUGGGCUCGGAGUCUGUGAUCAGAUCUGGCAUGCAGGGAUUCGGUUAUAGCCCCAGAAAACACACCUCCGGUGGGGGCACUCUGCUGGACAGGAUCCAGAAGGCUGCAGAGGUGGUGGCCAGCGCUGUGCUCCCUCCCACUGAACAGCAGGGCAUCCGUCUCCACGACAACCACUAUCGUGCGGUGAUGGCACCCUCUGCUGCCGUGGAGGUGGCAGUGCCUGCAUGCUCCUACAACCUGCCUUCUCAUGGGCUCAAAGCCGAGCAGCGGAGUCCAGGCCAGGUGGGCGGCGGCUGGGAGGAGACUGACAGCGGGCACAGCUCCCAUGAUUCCUCUCAGGAGAACGGCAACGCCAGCCGGGCAUCGGGGACGGACAGCCAGUCUGGAGCCAGCCGGGAGAGCGGUGACCUGUCGGAACGGGUGGAAGCCAUGCACCUUGGAGACUGUUGCCAGGAGACCAUGCUUAUCAACAACCUGACUGACGGCCCCAAGGUCUUCCUGUCCAGGGAGGAAGUGCAGCGCUUCAUCAAAGAGUGCUCCAUACUCAACUGUGAGGUGGUGGUGGAACUGCUCUGUCGCAAGCUUCAGGACCCCACACACACUGCCCAAAUGAGGGCGCUCUCUGCCAUUGCCUGUCUGAUGUCAUCUGACCUGCUGUCUCUGGAUCACAUAUUUGGGGUGACCCACAAGCACCUGGGACACCUGAGCAAAGGCCCCCCGGGGCCAGCGGCCAACAAGGCCACCAAGCUCCUGAGGCAGUUUGAGGCUCUGAUGGGAACCCAGGUGGGCGUGGCCCGAGCGGGCGUGGCAGGGGCUGGGCCCCUCCCUCUGGACUCUGCCUCCAAGCUCCCAGACGGGGGUGUGUCACUCGCUGCUGCCAGCAGGGGGGGCCCUGCACUGGGCUCAGCUCCGGGUGGGGCUCCCAAUCCCAAACCCGCCCGCCAGGUCGACCCCCCGUCAGUGUCAGAGGCGGGGUGGGGGCCUGUUACCACAGAGAGCAGUACCGUGGAGACGCCAGUCCGUUACCAUGGUGAAGAGGAGGGUGGGGGACAGGCGGAGUCUUCCUCAGACUGGCACACCCACACGGACACUCGGCCAUCUUUGUUCAGCGGAAUGCAGCUACUGAGGCCCAAACCUGUCUGUGCCAGCGCCACGCCCACGCUGACUGACAGGGCUGCCACGCCCACUCUGCCAGACAGGGCUGCCACGCCCACUCUGCCGGACAGGGCUGCCACGCCCACUCUGACUGACAGGGCUGCCCCGCCCACUCUGACUGACAGGGCUGCCACGCCCACUCUGACUGACAGGGCUGCCCCGCCCACUCUGACUGACAGGGCUGCCCCGCCCACUCUGCCGGACAGGGCUGCCACGCCCACUCUGACUGACGGGGCUGCCCCGCCCACUCUGCCGGACAGGGCUGCCACGCCCACUCUGACUGACAGGGCUGCCCCGCCCACUCUGACUGACAGGGCUGCCCCGCCCACUCUGCCAGACAGGGCUGCCACGCCCACUCUGCCGGACAGGGUUGCCCCGCCCACUCUGGUGGACAGGGCCGUGGCCAUGGAAAGCGACUCAAACACAGACCUCCCCAGUGAGACACGCCCAUCCCAUGAUCCGCCCCCCUCGGCCCCCCCAGAACAACGCUCUGCCUUCUCCUUCCUCAAUGUCUGACCUGCCCCCAGCCCCCC